GAAACAAAAGUCGUCGAUGUGCGGGGUAAACCUCUCAGCCGAGGUACAGCUGAAGGAAUAGCUUAUGCCAAAUUUAAGGCCCACAAGUUUUCCUACCUCAACGUCACUGCUAUUGGCUCGGAUUAUGUUGGAAAGGGCAGCGAGUGUGGAUUUGCUUGUGUCAACAUUCCGUCGUGUUUUUCGUUUAACCUGGCUGCAUUUCACGAUAUGCAUGACAAAGUUCUGUGUGAAUUACUUCUAUCGGAUAUGUACAACAACUCAGACAAGCUUGUCCCAAGUCAGAGGCACCAUCACUACAGCAUCGCAGUAAGUUGGAAAUGAAAAAAAUUUCACUCUCUUUUUGUGAAAGGAAAUGAGAGGAAUUACAGACAACUGCUUAUAGCGGUUUUUUUAUUAUUUUUUUAAUAAUACGCCUAAACGCUAACUGGUUCAAUCUGGCAUCGGUAUAAUUUAGGCCAUGUGUUUUUCUUUUGAAGUUUCUUCUUAGUGGAAGGAGGACACUGUGGUUAAUUGCAGAAGUAAGUAGAGAGGUUAUCUGACCGGAAGACUUACAAAGAAAUUUUAUUAUUAGCGGGGAAAGUUUACUUAAAGAUACUGACUCUAUUUGAAAAAAUAGAAAAUAUAAAAUGAUUGGCGACUUGUGUUGGGCGACCGAAUGCCACAUCUUUCUCGUUUCUUUCUCAUUGUUAUACGUUUUCUUUAGUCUACAUGUUUCAAACGGCCUUGUCAGAACAAUGGGAAAUGUAUGGCACUGUACGAGAAGAACAGUUACGAGUGCGUUUGCGCGAAAGGAUACACAGGGAUGCAUUGUGAAACGGGUGAG